AUGUCUGAUAACAACAUAUCCGCCUCUGAUAUUCAACAGCGACACCAACGUCGACUCGCUGACGCACGCGCCGAGGCAGAUCGGGAGGAAGCAGAACGAGCAGCCGAACAAGCAGCCACCGGGGAAAAUCAAGAGGAAGAAGAAGAGGAGGAAGAAGAGAAAGAAGAAGAGGAGGAAGAGGAGGAAGAGGAGGAAGAGGAGGAAGAGGAAGAAAAGUCGCGAAAGCGUAAGCGAAGCCUAGCAAUCAACAGAAUCAAGAGCAGCAAGGAAUUCGCCCGCCGCAAAGCCCGACAACUCCAUGGAACACCCAGAAAUGCCAGAGACAAUCCUGACUUCGACGAUGGACUGGCCAAUAUCAUGGCAGAUGAAAGAAAGGCCCCGGUUCCAGGGCAGUUGGGGAACUGUGCGAUCUGUGGCAAACGCUUCACGGUGACUGCUUACAGCAAGGAGGGUCCAGAUGGUGGCCUCCUCUGCUCGGAUUGCUCUAAGAAAGAGAGAGAUGGCGAUAAGAAGAAGCCGACGAAGAAAAGUUCGGGCCUCAGCCGUCGUGCAAAUCAAAGCAACUUACUGGACGGAUUAGUCCUCAAUGGCACUCGCGGUCUGGUCGAAACAUGCAUCAAGACAAUCGCUGUUAAUAUUGAUGACGUGAAGGAGUUUGGUGAUAUCCCACCACCGCUGAUGCAUCGCAUAAGUCAGAUCUUAUCCAGAAGACGAGCAAUCACCCCAAAGAAUUUAGAUCUUUUCCUGCGACGUGACCACAAGGAAUUGAAUAUCUACGAUUGUGCUCAGCUUGAUACCGACGAUUACCAUAAGAUUUUUGCUUUGAUGCCAGAUCUGACUCAUUUGAAUCUUCGUUUCGUCAGCCCGAUGAAGGAUUGCAUCUUCGACUACAUGAUUGAUCGUCACGUGAAACUUGAGCAUCUCCAUUUAGAUUCACCAAACCUUGUGUCGGAUGCUGGCUGGCGCAAUCUCUUUAUCGAAUUAGGCCCUCAGCUGCAAAGUCUUAAGUUAUGGAACCUCAAUGCCGCAUUCAACGAUGAAACUACCGCAGUAUUGAGCCAGAACUGCACCUCUCUAAAAUGUCUGAAGCUGAAAUAUCUCUGGAGAAUCGGCGACGAAUCACUAUCAGCGAUUUCCACCAUGAAGAAUCUUCAGCACUUGUCCCUGCAUCUCAUGACUGAGACACAGCCUGAGCCCCUUCUUGAAGUCAUUUCUAAGCUUGGACCCAAUUUACAGACUCUAUCUUUGGAGGAGUAUGUUCUUGCCGAUGACACGGUCCUUGAAAGCAUUCAUGGCCAUUGUCGGGAGCUUUCUAAGCUUCGAAUCACUAACAAUACCACUUGCACAGACAAGGCUGUGGCAGCUCUCUUUAAAGAUUGGGCCAACGGACCUUUGAAAUUUGUUGACUUCAGUUCUCUUCGACACGUUGAUAUGUCCGACCCCGCAGGACCAGAGGAACCUGUUGGAUUUGCGUCUGAUGGAUUACUGGCCUUGAUGGCACACUCAGGCAGUCAGAUUGAAUCAAUCUGCAUAUCAUCAUGCCGCCAUAUUUCUCGAGUGGCUUUCGAAAAGGUGUUUAGCCAGGAAAAGCAAUACCCGAAACUCAAAUACAUUGACAUCAGCUUCAAUGAAGUGGUUGAUGACUGGAUUGCACAAAGCAUCUUGAGAUGCUGUCCAGCUCUCAAGACCAUGGUUGUUUUUGGCUGCUUUAAAAUCCGAGAGAUUGGCGUGCCGAAAGGUGUUGCGCUGAUUGGCACGGUGAAUGCUCAAGUAACUGAUGGGUUCACCCAGCAAGAAAUUGUUUAA